UGUAUACGUCAGUUGUCCAUCAGCCUGAUAGAACUAGUCGCCACCGUGAUCUAUUGGUGCCCGCGGAAGUGCCGGAACGGAGUAUUCUACGGUUCCAGUUUACAGGAUAACGACGCUGACAGUACAGAAACGAAGGCAAGAGAGAAUAGAUCUGGACUGGAGCAACCGAUUGCUACAGAGCAGAACUUACAUUUGCAGAGUGACCACAAAUGGCUUUUCACUGUCAGAGAGAUAGUUAUGCCUCAGAGCUGCUUACAGAAGUGGUGUCGUGCAGCCCAGGCCAACUGGAAACUGAGAAUGGGUGCAAGAAAGAGAUAUUGUAUGGAUUCAAUGUUAUAUUGAAAGAUACUAUACUUUUCCCUGAAGGUGGUGGCCAGCCAGAUGACAGGGGUUUAAUUGGUGGUGUGCCUGUGCUUAGAGUGACCCGGUAUGGCCAAAAUGCGGUACAUUUUUUGUCUUCUCCCCUGGAUAUUGGUGCUCAGGUACUAGUGAAGGUGGACUGGGAACGGAGGUUUGAUCACAUGCAGCAACACUCAGGUCAGCAUCUUAUCACAGCCAUCGCCGAUUCCCUUUAUGGAUAUAAGACAACCUCCUGGGAACUGGGAAGCCAGCGAAGUUUUAUUGAGCUGAAUACACCAGUGAUGACACCUGAACAGGUUUAUAGUAUUGAGAAACAUGUAAAUCAAAGGAUCAGAGAGUGUAUCCCUGUCAUUGUGAGGGUUAUCACAACAGAUGAUCCAGAAUUUGAUAUGGUUAGAAGUCGUGGUUUGCCAGACAACCAUGCUGGUCCAGUUCGAGUAAUUGAUAUUAGAGGCAUUGAUGCUAACAUGUGCUGUGGUACUCAUGUAUCAAAUCUGAGUGACUUACAGGUUAUUAAAAUUCUUGGUGCAGAGAAAGGAAAGAAGAACAAGACUAACUUGAUAUUCCUAACAGGAGAACGAGUUCUAAAAUAUGUUGACCGGAGCUAUAACAUUGAAAAAUCCUUAACAUCUCUUUUAAAAGCUGGCUUUGAGGAACACACAGAAGCUGUGGAUAAAUUACAGAAAUCUGUUAAAGCACUACAGAAGGCCAAUCUGACAUUGCUGCGAGAUCUUGCUGCCCUAACUGCUCAAACCUUCAAAAGCAUUGCAGACAGAGGGAAAGUUUUCUCUUUACACAGGAAAGAAGGAGACAGUGAGUUUAUGAAUAUAAUUGCCAAUGAGAUAGGAAUAGAGGACACACUGGUGUUCUUAACUGUUGGUGAUGAAAAAACCUCAGGCUUAUUCCUUCUAUCAGGACCAGUAAAGAUUGUGGAACAAUUGGGUCCAAGAGUUUGUAAAAUGCUGGAUGGAAAAGGUGCUGGGAAAAAAGGUCGCUUUCAAGGCAAAGCCAACAAUAUGAGUCAGAGAAGAGAAGUUCAGACUAUGCUUAAUGCAUUUAUGGAUGGGUCUGGAGUAACAGAAAAGUGAGGAAGAAAGAAUAAA